UGUCCCUGGAAACAUGGCGGUCAGCAUCCGAGGCCGUCCGAUCCGAAGUCUUCGGAUGCGAGGUCGGAAUGACAGCGGGGAGGAAAACGUACCGCUCGAUCUAACCAGAGAGCCUUCCAACAACCUGCGCGAAAUCCUGCAGAAUGUUGCCAAGCCGCAGGGAGUCACCAACAUGCGGAAACUGGGCCAUCUGAACAACUUCAUAAAGCUUCUUUGCAGCAUUGGUCACUGUGAAGAGAAGUUUGGGUUUACAUAUGAAGAAAUCAUUAUCUGCCUGCGGUUAGCGCUGCUCAACGAGGCGAAGGAGGUGCGUGCAGCCGGCUUGCGGGCGCUCCGCUACCUGAUCCGAGAUAGCACUAUUCUCCAGAAGGUGCUCCAGCUCCAGGUGGACUACCUGAUCGCAAGGUGCAUUGACAUCCAGCAGAGUAACGAGGUGGAGCGAACGCAGGCACUGAGACUGGUGCGAAAGAUGAUCACUGUGAAUGCCUUGCUGUUCCCCAGCUCCAUCACCAACUCCCUUAUUGCUGUGGGCAACGAUGGUCUCCAGGAGCGUGACCGCAUGGUUCGCGCGUGCAUUGCUAUCAUCUGUGAGCUGGCCUUGAAGAACCCGGAGGUGGUGGCCCAGAGAGGCGGCCUCAGCACCAUCCUGAAGAAUGUCAUUGACUGCCAGCUGAGCCGCAUCAACGAGGCUCUGAUCACUACCAUCCUGCACCUCCUCAACCAUCCGCGCACCCGGCAGUAUGUGCGCUCCGAUGUGGAGCUCGAGCAAAUCCUAGCACCUUACACAGACUUUCACUACAGACACAACCCGGACACGGCGGAGGGGCAGCUCAAGGAGGACAGGGAGGCACGGUUCCUCGCCAGCAAGAUGGCAAUCGUGGCGGCGUUUCGCUCCUGGGCAGGAAUCAUUAACCUGUGUAAAUCUGGCAGCUCCGGAAUCCAGUCACUCAUCGGUCUGCUCUGUAUACCAAAUAUGGAAGUGAGGAAAGGACUGUUGGAGGUAUUGUAUGAAAUUUUCCGGCUCCCAGUUCCCGUGGUGACGCACGAUUUUAUUGAAGCACUUCUCAGCGUAGAUCCAAGUAGAUUUCAGGACAGCUGGAGACUGUCGGAUGGCUUUGUGGCUUCGGAAGCUAAAGUAAUCCUUCCACAUCGAGCCAGGUCAAGACCUGACCUGAUGGACAACUACCUGGCCUUGGUACUGUCUGCCUUUAUCCACAGUGGACUCCUAGAGGGCCUGGUGGAGGUGAUCACCAGCAGCAAUGACCACAUCUCCGUGCGAGCCACUAUCCUCCUGGGAGAGCUCCUGCACAUGGCCAAUACAAUCCUCCCUCACUCCCACAGCCACCACCUGCACUGCCUGCCCACGCUCAUGAACAUGGCCGCCUCCUUCGACAUCCUGCAGGAGAAGCGACUGCGGGCAAGCGCGGCUGUGAACUACCUAAAGCGCUUCCAUGAGAAGAAGAAGCGUGGACCCAAGCCCCACAGCCUCUACCUGGACCACAUCAUCCGCAAGUCGGUCGCAGCACACUACAGGAGAGACCAGCAUGUCCGCAUGCAAAAGGACAUCUACAUCAUCAAGGACACUGAAGAAGCACUUAUGAUGAAUUUGCGAGACAGCCUCAUCCUCAACCACAAACAGAACCUGGAGUGGAACUGGGUUCUCAUUGCAACCAUACUAAAGUGGCCAAAUGUUAACCUGCGGAACAACAAAGAUGAGCAGAUGCACAAGUUCGUGCGGAGGCUGCUGUACUUCUACAAGCCCAGCAGUAAGCUGUUUGCCAGCCUGGAGCUGGACCACAGCAAGGCCAGGCAGCUGACGGUGGUGGGCUGCCAGUUCAUUGAGUUCCUGCUGGAGUCUGAUGAGGACGGGCAGGCAUACCUGGAGGACCUGGUGAAGGACAUGGUGCAGUGGCUGUCCUCCUCCUCGGGCCUCAAGCCUGACCGCAGUCUGCAGAGCAACGGGCUGCUCAACACGCUGAGCCAGCACUACUUCCUGUUCCUGGGCACGCUGUCCGCCCACCCCCACGGUGUCAAGAUGCUGGAGAAAUGCAGUGUCUUCCAGUGUCUGUUGAACCUGUGCUCCCUGAAGAACCAGGACCACCUACUCAAGCUGACCGUGUCCACACUGGACUACAGCAGGGACGGGCUGGCCCGCGUCAUCCUCUCCAAGAUCCUCACCGCAGCCACUGACAACUGCAGGCUAUAUGCUACCAAACACCUGAGGGUGCUGCUUCGUGCUAACGUGGAGUUCUUCAGCAACUGGGGCAUCGAGCUGCUGGUGACACAGCUGCAUGACCAUAACAAGGCCAUCUCCAUGGAGGCGCUGGACAUCCUGGAUGAGGCCUGUGAGGACAAGGCAAACCUCCACGCUCUGAUCCAGAUGAAGCCCGCACUGUCCCACCUCGGUGACAAGGGGGUCCUGCUGCUCUUACGGUUCCUGUCUAUUCCAAAGGGCUUCUCCUACCUGAACGAGAGGGGUUACGUCAACAAGCAGCUGGAGAAGUGGCAGAAGGAGUACAACCUGAAGUACGUGGACCUGAUAGAGGAGCAGCUGAACGAGGCGCUCACCACCUACCGUAAGCCCGUUGACGGAGACAACUACGUGCGGCGAAGCAACCAAAGGUUACAAAGACCAAAUGUUUAUCUCCCUGUGCACUUGUAUAGUCAGCUGGUCCAUGAUAAGACAGGCUGCCAUCUGCUGGAGGCUCAGAGUGUGGUUCCCGACCUCAGCUACACAGUACGCUCCCCAGUGCUGGACAAGUGGGAGGGUAUCAAACAGCUGAAGGCUGCACUUUGGGCCUUGGGUAACAUUGGUUCGUCGAAUUGGGGCCUAAACCUCCUCCAGGAGGAGAACGUGAUCCCCGACAUCAUGGCUCUGGCCCAACACUGUGAGGUCUUGUCAAUCCGGGGGACGUGUCUGUACGUGCUGGGCCUGAUCUCCAAGACAAAGCAGGGCUGCGAGCUGCUGAAGCAGCAGGGCUGGGACGCGGUGCGGCACAGCCGGCGGCAGCUGUGGCCCGUGGUGCCGGAUGAGGUGGAACCACAGCCGCCACCUGGAGAGCUGUCCUCCGUGCCCAGCACGCUCAGCCUCAACUCCGAGUCCACUGGCUCCCGGCACAACAGCGAGAGCGAGUCCACGCAGCCCGGCAUGUACAUCCUGGACGAUGAGAAGUGCGAGGGGCCGGACCUGCUGGAGGAGCAGCCCCUGUACAUGCGCUCCAAACCGCAGAAGGACCGCAGCCCCUUCACCAUCCUGGCCUCCAGCCGCUUCGUGCGCAACCGCUUCCUCAACUCCCUCACGCUCCCCAGCAAGAAGCUGCGCAGUACCAGCGACCCCAAGGGGGGCGGGGGAGGGGGCGGCAAGCUGGCGGGCGAGCCAAAGCUGGGCGGCCUGCGGCGCAACCGCACGGUCACCGAGCCCUCCGUGUACCCGCCAGGCAUGGGCGACGUCUUCACACCGGUCUUCAACGGCAGUAGGCUGCCCAGGAGUCCCACAGCGUCCCAGGAGACCUCCUUCGUGAGCGGGAAGACGCCGGAGGAGGAGGCGGAGCCGAGGGCGGGGCGAGGGGUUGGGGGUGGGGCCGAGAACCACCACCACCGGGAGCAGAGCAGCCGCGAGAGGCUGGCCGGCAGCAGCGACGGUGGCGGGGGCGGGGGCCAGUUCAAGAGCCGGAGCCAGAGCUUCAACACGGACACCACUACGAGCGGCAUCAGCUCCAUGAGCUCCAGCCCGUCGCGCGAGACGGUGGGUGGCGGUGUCGACUCACCUGGUGCCGACACGGACUGCGUCAGCCUCAACACGGUGGUGAGCGCGCGCACGGUGCGCACGCUCUGCUCCCUCACGCCCCAGUCCAACCACCUGCCCCUGUCCAAGUCCAAUUCAGUGUCCCUGGUCCCGCCCGGCUCCUCCCACACUCUCCCCCGCAGGGCCCAGUCGCUUAAGUCUCCCUCGGUGACCACCAUCAAGAGCCUGGCGGACUGCAGCUUCAUGUACACCAGCCCGCGCGACGCCCUGGGCUACGCCACGCUCAAGCGGCUGCAGCAGCAGCGCAUACACCCCUCCCUGUCGCACAGCGAGGCACUCGCCUCCCCCGCCAAGGACGUGCUCUUCACCGACACCAUCACCAUGAAGACGGGCAGCCUGGACUCCCGCCUUACCCCCCGCAGGUUUCUGAAAGCACUGAGUUUCGCCUCCCUGGACAAAGAGGACCUCCUGAGCCCCAUCAACCAGAACACCCUCCAGCGCUCCUCCUCGGUGCGAUCCAUGGUCUCCAGUGCCACCUAUGGGUGCUCGGACGACUACAUUGGCCUGGCUCUGCCCAUGGACAUCAACGACAUGUUCCAGAUAAAAGAAACGGCAUACUUCCAGCAGAGGACGAGCCCUCUGUCAGAGGAGAAAUCCUCCAAGUUUUUCUCUGGAGAAUCAGAUGGCUCCGGGGAGGGCCCGCGCCACAUGGCCCCUGUGCUGAGGCCGCAGAUCAGCAUCUCGGAGCUGAUGGCCAGCAGCCGGGCGGAGCAGCAGCAGCUGCUGGGCUCGGAGGAGACAGGCCUGCAGGAGCACCGCAACGACAACUGCCUCUACUGCGUGGGGGUCCAGGUGCUGGGUUGCCACCCGCACAGCCAGGCCAACUCCACACACAGCCGCUCCGACUUUGGCGACAUUCCCUACUCUGAGUGGUGCAGCCAGCCGAUCCACAACCACCUGGAGGUGACGCCCCAGUCCAAGUUUUCUGGGAUUUCGGGCUGCAGCGAUGCGGUGUCACAGGGCUCGGCCAGCAGCACGCCCAGCUCUGAGCUGGUCCUGGGGGGUAAGACGAUCCCAGAGGAUGCCCCCGCCUGCAGGGUCCUGCUGAGGAAGGAGGUGCUCCGCCUGGUGGUCAACCUCAGCUCGUCCGUGGGGACCAAGGGCCACGAGACAGGCCUGCUUACGAUCAAGGAGAAGUUCCCAUACGCGUUUGAUGACAUCUGCCUGUACUCAGAGGUGUCUCACCUGCUGGCACACUGUAUGUUCCGCCUGCCCUCGCGCCGCUUCAUCCAGGAACUCUUCCAGGACGUCCAGUUCACCCCGCUGUACGAGGAAGCCGAGACUAUCCUGUCAAUGCCACCAAAGCACGUCACUGCAGAGCCCCCCUCCGAAUCAUGAUCUCCCCAUCCUCCCCACAACUCCCUGCACAUCACCUCCCACUCCUUCUGCUCCUGACUUCUUAGAAACUCUCUUCCCCAGUCCCUCCACUUCCAGCACACAGAUGGGAGACCGAAGAGAAAGGGGGUGGAAAAAAAGAGGAGAGGGAGAAGGACGCAGCUUACCUGCAGUGCAGAGGAGAGUGGGGGGGUGGGGAAUACGAACAUUUUUUCCCCUUGAACAAAAUAUUAAUAUGAACCCAAGCGCUACUCCUGCAGACGGUCUACAGGGUGGGCAGUUUUUACCAAAUGUCUCUUAUGAAGGACACAUACAAACUUGAGCAAGGAACACAGGAAUAGAUUAAAGAACUUAAAAAAGACAACCCCAAACAA